CUAACGAGGGUAGUGACUCUGUCUAAAGGCAAAAGCACAGUUCAGCUGAGGGAGGAGAACUGGACACUCACUGGAGUCCCGGAGAGGACACUGAGUACACUGGAGAGGACUUCUAUGCAAAAAGGGGCCCUAAGCAGAGCCCCGCCCCUGGGCGACCCCGCAGGGACUUGGUUGGAUGGGGCUCACUCCGACUUCCGCCCGCCAGGGAAGCUGCCGGAAGGUGAAGAUCUUCAUCUGAGGGACGCCACCUCAGGCUACCAGAACCCCAGGACUGGUUGGGUAUCAAGGUGCCCACCUCCUGCACCCUCUUGCCUGCUGCCCCUGAGCACAGUCAUCAUGCCUCGCGGUCAGGAGAGUAAGCGCCGUGCCCGUGAAAAACGCCGCCAGGCUCGAGGUGAAGACCGAUGUCUCAGGGGUGCUCAAGCCACCGCAGCAGAGAAGGAAAAGCUGCCAUCCUCCUCCUCGCCUGCAUGCCAGAGUGCUCCCCAGAGCUUCCCCGCUGCAGGCAUUCCUCAGGAGUCCCAGAGAGCCAGCUACCCCAGCUCUCCUGCUGCAGCUGUGUCACUCACAAGUUCUGAGGAAGGUGCCAAGGGCCAAAAGGGGGAAAGUCCCAACUCCUUCCAUGGCCCGUCCUCCUCUGAGAGCACAGGAAGAGAUCUUCUGAACAGGAAGACGGGCGAAUUGGUGCAGUUCCUGCUCAACAAGUAUAUAAGGAAAGAGCCCAUUACGAGGGAAGCCAUGCUGAAGGUUAUCAACAGAACAUACAAGCAGCACUUUCCUGAGAUCCUCCGGAGAAGCGCUGAGAACGUAGAGGUGGUCUUUGGCCUCUACCUGAAGGAAAUGGACCCCAGCCGUCAGUCCUAUGUGCUUGUCAGCAAGCUGGACUUUCCCGAUCAAGGAAGCUUGGGCGAUGAUGGGGGUUUUCCCCAGAGCGGGCUCCUGAUGGUUCUCCUGAGCACCAUCUUCAUGCAUGGCAACCGUGCCACUGAGGAAGAGAUGUGGGAAUGCCUGAAUGCAUUGGGGAUGUAUAAGGGUAGGAAGCACUUCAUCUAUGGGGAGCCCCAGGAGCUUGUCACCAAAGAUUUGGUGCGAGAGGGGUACCUGGAGUACCGGCAGGUGCCCAGCAGUGAUCCUCCACGCUGUGAGUUCCUGUGGGGUCCCAGGGCCCAUGCUGAAACCAGCAAAAUGAAAGUCCUGGAGUUUGUGGCCAAGCUCAAUGAUACCGUUGCCAGUACCUACAAGUCCCAGUAUGAGGAGGCUCUGAGAGAGGAGGAAGAACAAGCCAGAGCCAGAGCAGCAGCCAGGGCUAGCGCCAGGGCCAGGGUUAGCAGGUCCUCUCAGCCGUAGUGAAGUCUCAGGCAAUCCUCACUAAGAGAUUGAAAAGGGCUGUCCACCAUCUCAGUAUUUGGGGGUGAGGUGGGGCUAGAGGGAGCCCAAGACAUGUGUCUUUCUCGUGUUCUGGUUAUUUGCAAGCCACUUGUAGAUUCCCUCUUUUUCUUCUGUGUCUACCGUGUGUUCCUUUGAAAGAGAUUGACUUUGAUUCAGAAUCUAAAUUCAUGAAUUAGGUGCCUCACAAAAUUAUUGCUGUUUAUCACAUUGAAGAGUGAUGUUCUUGUAUUUUGUAAAAUGAAUUGGAAAUUUUUACUUAUUAGAUUGUGAUCUAGUGCAAGAAGAAAUAGCAAUGGAAUAGGGAUUGGCUUUAAACUGUGAAACAACCAAACGCUGCAUCAGUUGGGAUUAGAAGAUGGUGGGAAAAAAGUGUCACUUGAUUGGCAACCUUUGACAUUUAAAAAUCUUAUUUCUUUACGUCUUUUGUUGUGAUCUAAUAAAAAGCUAUAUACUCACAGUUGCUAUGUAUAUUCAAGAAUGUUGGAGAAAUUAAAUCAUCAUAAAGGAGAACACUUGUUCACUGGCUCUUUUGUUCCUUGUGCUAGGCAGUUCUUGUGUUGCUCUAAAGGCAUACCUGAGACUGGGUAAUUUCUAAAGAAAAGAGGUUGACUUCGCUCACGGUUCACCAGGCUGUAUGAGCAUGGCACCAGCAACUGCUUCUGGGGAGGCCUUGGGGAGCUUUUUCUCAUGCCAGGAGGGGAAGAAGGUGCAGGCAUGUCACGUGGCAACAGUGGGUGGAAGACAGCCAAGCAGAGCGGGUAUGGGAGGUGCCACAUGCUUUCAAAUGACCAGAUCUUGUAAGAAGUCACUCACUAUGGCCAGGGCACCACCAUGCCAUGAGGGACCCUCCUUAAUGGUCCAAAUACCUCCCACCAGGCCCCACCUCCAACACUGGGAAUUACAUGUCAACCUGACAUUUGGAGGGGACAAACAUCCGAAUUAUAUCAUUCACCAAACAUGAAUUGAACAUCUGCUCUUUGAGAAUCUUCAUGCUAGUUCUGGGAAAGCCCAGACAAAGAAGACUCAGCCCCUCACAAUGAUAUUUUAGAAUCCAAGAGCAGCUCUCCUAUUAGGAACACGGUGGGGUUGGGGGGCGGGGCGGAAGAGACACAUUGGA